GCGUGCAGGGCAGCUGUAAUCUUCCAGCUGCAGGCAGGGAGAUUACCUCCUGGGAGGGAAAGUGCCUCCUGCCACUCCAGCAGACACAUGUGAGUGGAGAUGAUAGGGUUCAGUCCUGCUGAUAACGCUUCCAGUCUGGCUGCUCACACAGUUUAUUUGGCUGCAGCAUUCAGCAUCAGUGAGCUGAUCAGACCUGCAGACCCUGGCUGCCCAGGGUGAGCUGACUCUCCUGCAGCAAUGCCAUGUUUGCAUUACUUGAGGGCUGUGCAGAGAGCAGAGGCUCCUGCUAACAUCAAAGGAGUGUGACAGCUUUCCCCUGGAUGCGCCUUGCCCCAGCUGGCAGGAGCCUUCGCUGUGCUAAUUCUUGCUUUGCUUUGGCUCUGUGCAGAGGAACAAUGUCCUGGUCUUCAGCUCCCUAUUCCUCUGUUCAGUCCCUGCUGCUGGACUCAGCACUGGACUUCAUUGACAAGUGGUGGUUUGCAAAUUUCAGAAAAGGGCUUGACGUUACUGCUUAGAAACUCCAUUAAUACUAUCUGGGAAAUGACAGGCAGGCAGACUUUCAUAGAACCAGGGGAUCCUUAUCAGGAAGGAUCAGUUCACUAUGCAGGGGCAGCUUCCUAAUACUUGCUCAUUGCAGAUUAAGGAGAGAUCCGUCUCCUUACCCAGUCCUGAACCCCUUCCAGCUUCAGCAUCUAGCAAAGGGGAUGUGAGGUGGGAGGAAAGGGACCAGUUGUCUACAUCUGAACAUGCUCAGCAGGGACAGAGUGAAUUUGGCCCUGAACUACACCACCAGUGACAGUCCAGAACAACCCUGUCCCAUUCAGAGUGCAUAAAAACAGGCUUUCCAAAUGCUAAUUAGUUGUGAUACUGUAAGGAUGGAGGACUGUGCCUGACAGAGGGGCCUGAUGACUGCGACUGCACCUGAAAACGUGCCCCCACUUUACUAACUUCAAAGCUCAAAAACUAAUUGAAGAGUUGCCUCCCUUCUCAGAAACCUGACGGGGACCUUCACUUUGGGAUUUCUGCUCUGCCAUUUGUGCCAAAUUCUCUUCCAGCAUUAACAGCCCCUUGAUGCAGGAAUUUGUGCAGAUCUUUCAUUUCUGCAUUAUUUGAUUCUCUUGCCACCAGAUCAUUGUGCCAUGUGCACCCCUGCAUUCUCAUGACUGGGGAUCACUGCUGCUAUCAGCACUAUCAGCCACGGCCUCUGGUGUUCUGUGCCUUGGGGAGGCCUGGGGUAUUGUGAAAUCUCCACUCAGCAACAAUGAGCAUGGACAAAGGUUUUGCUCAAGGUGAUGCAUGAAAGGAGAGCAAAAUCACUUAGCAAAUGGUUUCCAGAGAUGACCUCUUAAUGCUUUAAGUUCUACUAAGAUCUGCAGACCUCUCCUAAAUCGCGUGCGCAGGAGUGAAGAUGGUGGGAGGGUAGAAUUUGGGUAUAUGGAUUUAUCCUUUCAUCUGAUGAGCUUUUCCCAGUGUUCUUGCUUUUCUCUUUCAUCUGAGUUUGCAGUAUGUGCCUGGCAGUCUCUUCUCUGUGCUGCUCUGGCUGCCUGCCUGAGGCUUCGCUCCUGUGGCCUCUCUGGAGAUGCUGUGCACUAUUAAAUGCUUUCUUCCACCAGGAAGGCUGAAACUUGCUGGUAGGUUUUGUUUCCACUGCAGGGACCACCCGUGUCAAGCUUCUGUGAAUGUAGAUAGAGGAGAAAGUUCCUGCUGAUCAGAUGGUGUGGUUUCUGUUUCUGGGCAUUCCAAGUUGAAUCCAAUUCAACUUCCCUUAUCUUUUUAGAGAGACCCCAGGGGCCAUCUCUAAAUGCACUUAAUCUUAGUAUCUGCCUUUAGUUUAUUUCCAGAACUGACAUAUUCUUCUCAUCUGAGGAGAAAGGAUCACCAUUAGCACCUGCUGACCUGGGCAUUUGAUGUCUGCAGGGUAGGGAGAACAUGGAGAGCCCUGGCCUGAAAAAAGUCCUUAGGCUGAGAACUGCUUAAAGUAAGACACUACAUUGUUCUCUCUGUUGGAAACAAUACCUCAAAGUUGAGGACCAUGCCUGCUGCUGGACAUAUGCCCACAAGAGCAAAGAAAUGUCAAAGCAAACUAAAGGCCAUUGCAAGGAUUGUACUUCCUUCCCAGCUGGCAGUGCUGACAGUGCCCUGGUACUAACAGCUGACAGUGACUGGGUCAUCUCCUGGGAUGUGGUCUGGACCUUUUAUGCACUGUCUGGAUAGGAUGCCCUCUGUAACACAUGGCCACAGUGCAGGAGUCAGGCUUGCAUCUCCCUGUUGCUGCUGAGGCUCUGUGCAUUGCUGGAGCAUUGAGUGCUACCUUACACAAUUCGUCUGUCCUUGCUGGACCUCCAUGAGCACUUGGCAGCCUGAGACCAGGCUGGGGGGAGAGCAUCUGCUUAGCAGGGUCAGAAGCCCCUGUGGGGGAUCCCCAGGUAGGGCCUUGCCCUUAGCAGCAGCAUCUGGCUCUUCUGUUACUAUUUCUCUGCUGUUCACAAACUGCUUGCUCAUCCUGGUUGUCAAGAUGCCUCCACUGGCUUCACUCCUAAUGCAUACCAGGGAAAAAGUGGCACAUAUUGCUCCAGAGGUGGGGUUUCAGGAGCAUUAGAGCAGUGGAGCUGCAAAUGCCACUAAGUGUGCAGGGCAGGACUUGCUGGCAGGAGAACGUGGCUUCCAAAGAAUACAGCAGUGGCAAAAGUUUGAAGAUGCAGUUAUGUUUAGGGAUAAACUCAUGAGAUAGAAACCUGUGCAGUGGUGUAGUUGCUUUGAAGACCUUUGCUACAGAGCACACACAGGAAGCUGUUCUUGUAGCAAAGCCUGCUGUCUGAGCCUCCUCAGUGGCAAUGAUUUUCAGUAGCUCGGCCUGGAAGAAAGCAAAUUGAUCAAGGCCCAGGCAUGGUGCACACAUGGAGCAGUGUAGCAGCAUGCAUAUGUGCCUUUUGCCAGUCUGAAACAGCAGGACAAUUUGCUUCCUUCCUCGUGGCCCAGAAACCACCAUGAGAGCAGCGUGAGCCUCUGAACUCAUUUGCUCUUGGGAAUCAUCAACAUGCUACAUUUAACAGCCUCUACACAGGGUGUUCCUGAUGAACAUGGCCCCCGUCCAUAGAAAGAGGCAAUGUUGAGACCCUUCUUUCCUUUAUCAAUAAUUUGCAGAAGGAGCUCCUCCCUAGGUGGGAGUAAGAGUGAUGGCACUGCCAGAAAAGAUUAGAGAAGACUUUGACCGUGUGCAGGAGACAAAUAGAGCAAGAUUAGCAAAAUCCAGCCUGAACCUCUGGCUUGGCAAAACAUCCCCUUUGCAUAUUGCCUUAGCCCACAGCUACAGUGCAAGGAGCUUGGUCAGACCCAGGCUUCUGCUGGGGUGAAGGAGCAGUCAUCAGGCUGUGGUGAUACCCUGUGAAUAAGGACUGAGAAAGUCUCCCAUCAAGGCUGGAAAAGAGAAAUAAUUUCACUGUUGCCUCAAAGAAGAGAAACUGAAGGAGAAGCACAGCUGUACUGAGCUGUGUUUUUCACUUUAGAAGGUCUUGGAGCAUUUUGCAAAGUCCAGAUCUGGGAAGUGCUGGAAGCUGCAUCCUGCCACUUCACACCUUGAAGAUCCCCAAGUCUAUGGAACACGAUGCCUAUACGUGGGGCUUAGCUGUGUGAGAGGUACACAAAUAAGCAAGUUUACCUCCUCAGCUUGGAAUAACUCCUUCCUGAAAAAUGGCUGGGAAAGAGAGGGAAAAUGGAGAGAAACACUGCAAGCUGCCAAAAAAAAUUAAAGGAAAGUAAAACCACUGGGGGCAUUCUUUUUCAUCUGGAAGCAACUGCUGUAUAUCCUGGGGCAGGCGGAUAGCAAGCAAAUGUAGGUGCAGGCAGCAGUAUGAGCACAAAUGCCAAGCGAGUGCACACAGUGUGUCUGUGCUGCACUUUGUGCUUAGCUGUGGAUGGCGAGUGUGCAAUGUGUGUGUCUGCCUUAAGGAGCAUUUGUGUUGUGCUGCCUGGGAUGUGCAUGCAUCUUUUUGAUAUGCAUACGUACUUAUGCCCAUGGAGUCUCUGCAUUUCUUGCUGUUCCCUUUUGUUGAAAAAGGAGAUGGCAUUGACCCAAUCUAUGCUUUAGUUCCUUGGCUAAUCUCAUGCUGUCAGGCUGCCUGUGACACCCCAGAGUAAUCAGCUGUUGUGAAAGAGUACGACCGAACGCCAGGCUGAUGCUGCGACCAGUUUUCUGAGAGCUGCAAGAUCUGGGAAUCUGGACAAAGCCUUGGAUCAUCUCAGGAAUGGGGUAGAUAUUAACACCUGUAAUCAGAAUGGGCUGAACGCCUUGCACCUGGCCUCCAAGGAAGGCCACGCGAAAAUGGUGGUGGAGCUUCUGCACAAGGAGAUUGUUUUGGAGACCACGACCAAGAAGGGAAACACAGCCCUGCACAUCGCUGCCCUCGCUGGACAGCAGGACGUGGUCCGGGAACUGGUGAACUAUGGGGCCAAUGUCAAUGCUCAGUCUCAGAAGGGAUUCACACCACUCUACAUGGCAGCGCAGGAAAACCACCUGGAAGUUGUCAAGUUCCUGCUGGAAAAUGGAGCCAACCAGAAUGUAGCCACAGAGGAUGGCUUCACACCGCUAGCUGUGGCUCUGCAGCAGGGUCAUGAGAAUGUGGUUGCUCACCUUAUCAACUAUGGGACAAAGGGUAAGGUCCGCCUGCCCGCCUUGCACAUCGCAGCUCGCAACGAUGACACCCGCACAGCCGCCGUGCUGCUGCAGAAUGACCCCAAUGCUGACGUCCUCUCCAAGACUGGAUUUACGCCCUUGCACAUUGCAGCCCACUAUGAGAAUCUCAGUGUGGCCCAACUCUUGCUGAAUCGUGGAGCCAGUGUCAACUUCACACCCCAGAAUGGGAUCACUCCUUUGCACAUAGCCUCCCGACGAGGCAACAUCAUCAUGGUGCGGCUGCUGCUGGACCGUGGGGCCCAGAUAGAGACAAGGACCAAGGAUGAGUUGACACCUCUCCACUGUGCAGCUCGCAAUGGACAUGUGCGAAUUGCAGAGAUCCUACUGGACCAUGGUGCUCCCAUUCAAGCCAAAACAAAGAACGGUCUGUCACCGAUCCACAUGGCAGCACAGGGUGAUCACCUGGACUGUGUGCGCCUACUCCUGCAGUACAGUGCUGAGAUAGACGACAUCACCCUGGACCACCUGACACCACUGCAUGUAGCCGCGCACUGUGGCCACCACCGUGUGGCUAAACUGCUGGUGGAGAAGGGAGCCAAGCCCAACUCCAGAGCCCUGAAUGGCUUCACGCCUCUCCACAUCGCCUGCAAGAAGAACCACAUUCGAGUGAUGGAAUUGCUUCUGAAGACAGGAGCCUCCAUUGAUGCUGUCACGGAGUCUGGCUUGACCCCCUUGCAUGUGGCUGCCUUCAUGGGGCAUUUGCCCAUCGUCAAAACCCUGCUGCAGCGUGGAGCAUCUCCUAAUGUGUCCAAUGUGAAAGUGGAGACACCCCUGCACAUGGCAGCCAGAGCUGGGCACAUGGAUGUGGCCAAGUAUCUGCUGCAGAACAAAGCCAAAGUCAACGCCAAGGCCAAGGAUGACCAGACUCCUCUGCACUGUGCUACACGCAUUGGCCACACCAGUAUGGUCCGACUUCUGCUGGAGAACAGUGCCAACCCCAACCUGGCCACCACAGCAGGGCACACACCUCUGCACAUCACUGCCAGAGAGGGUCAUGUAGACACAGCCUUGGCCCUGCUAGAAAAGGGAGCCUCUCAGACUUGCAUGACCAAGAAAGGAUUUACCCCUCUCCACGUUGCAGCCAAGUAUGGGAAGGUGGAUGUGGCAGAGCUGCUGCUGGUGCAUGAUGCUCACCCCAAUGCAGCGGGGAAGAACGGCCUGACCCCACUGCACGUAGCUGUGUACCACAACAACCUGGAGAUCGUCAAGCUCCUGCUUCCCAAGGGGAGCUCUCCACACAGCUCAGCCUGGAACGGAUACACCCCUCUGCACAUUGCUGCCAAGCAGAACCAGAUGGAGGUGGCCAGCAGCUUGCUGCAGUAUGGUGCUUCUGCAAAUGCGGAGUCUGUUCAGGGAGUCACCCCUCUGCACCUGGCUUCUCAGGAGGGGCAUACAGACAUGGUAGCACUGCUUUUCUCCAAGCAAGCCAAUGGAAACUUAGGCAACAAGAGUGGCCUGACUCCUCUCCAUCUCGUGGCCCAAGAGGGACAUGUACCAGUUGCUGACGUUCUGGUGAAACACGGAGUCACAGUGGACGCAACAACGAGGAUGGGCUACACCCCGCUGCACGUAGCCAGCCACUAUGGGAACAUCAAAUUGGUGAAGUUUCUGCUGCAGCACCAGGCUGAUGUCAAUGCUAAAACUAAGCUUGGCUACACGCCCCUGCACCAGGCAGCGCAGCAGGGCCACACGGACGUGGUGACCCUGCUGCUGAAGCACGGUGCCUCUCCCAACGAGAUCAGCACGAAUGGCACCACUCCACUGGCCAUCGCGAAGCGCCUCGGUUACAUUUCCGUCACAGAUGUGCUCAAGAUUGUCACAGAGGAGACCAGCAUCCCACCAGUCAGUGACAAGUACCGCAUGAGCUUCCCAGAGACUGUGGAUGAGAUUUUGGAUGUGUCAGAGGAUGAAGGCACUGCUCAUGUCACAGUAAUGGAGGAGGAGCUGAUCGCACCGAAACCCAGAACACCUGAACCCAGGGAGCAGGAGGUCAAGAGGGAGAUGCUGGAGUUUGUGACCGUGACAACACUGGAGCAAACGGAGGAGUCUGUAGCUGUCCCACAGGUCCCCUGCGUGCCCCCUGAGACAGUGGUGACCAGGGCAGAGGAGCCUGAGCAGGUGGGAUCUGUGGAGACUGAAGCUGAGCAAGGCAGCCUGCUGCACGCACCUUCGGUGUCCCCACAGGAGCCCUCCAAGGAGUUCGAUGAGGACUCCUUGAUUCCCAGCAGCCCGGCCACCGAGACCUCAGACAACAUCAGCCCCGUGGCCAGCCCCGUUCACACAGGGUUCCUGGUGAGCUUCAUGGUGGAUGCACGCGGUGGCUCCAUGCGGGGCAGCCGGCACCACGGGCUGCGUGUGAUCAUCCCACCCCGUGCCUGUGCUGCACCCACCCGCAUCACUUGCCGCCUGGUGAAGCCUCAGAAGCUGCCUGCACCCCCACCGCUGGCUGAGGAGGAAGGCCUGGCGAGCCGCAUCAUUGCACUGGGACCCGCUGGUGCCCAGUUCCUCAGCCCCGUCAUCGUGGAGAUUCCUCACUUUGCCUCCUACGGACGAGGGGACCGUGAGCUGGUGGUGUUACGGAGUGAGAAUGGCUCUGUCUGGAAGGAGCACCGCAACCGCUAUGAGGAGAGUUACAUGGACCAACUGCUCAAUGGCAUGGAUGAGGAGCUGGAGAGCCAAGAGGAGCUGGAGAAGAAGAGGGUCUGCCGCAUCAUCACCACUGACUUUCCUCUCUACUUCGUGGUCAUGUCCCGGAUUUGCCAGGACUGUGACAUGAUUGGCCCCGAGGGAGGGUGCUUGAAAAGCACUCUGGUGCCCAUGGUGCAGGCCACCUUCCCAGACACCGCUGUCACCAAGAAAGUGAGGCUGGCUCUGCAGGCGCAGCCCGUGCCUGAUGAGCUGGUGACCAAGCUGCUGGGGAACCAGGCAACCUUCAGCCCCAUCGUCACAGUGGAGCCUCGCCGGAGGAAGUUCCACCGCCCCAUUGGCCUCCGCAUCCCUCUGCCCCCAUCCUGGAAGGACAAUCCCAGAGACAGUGGCGAGGGUGACACCACCAGCCUGCGCCUGCUCUGCUCUGUGAUAGGAGGGACAGCACAAGCUCAGUGGGAAGACAUCACAGGCACCACGAAGCUGGUCUAUGAAAAGGAGUGCGCUAACUUUACCACCAAUGUGUCUGCCAGGUUCUGGCUGGCUGACUGCCCACGCACUGCUGAGGCUGUGCACUUUGCCACCAUGCUGUACAAAGAACUGACAGCUGUGCCCUACAUGGCCAAAUUUGUGGUAUUUGCCAAGAUGAAUGAUGGACGGGAAGGCCGACUGCGCUGCUACUGCAUGACUGAUGACAAGGUGGACAAGACUUUGGAGCAGCACGAGAACUUCACUGAGGUGGCCCGCAGCAGGGACAUUGAGGUGGUGGAGGGAAUGCCUCUGCAUGUCGAGCUCUCAGGGAACCUGGUGCCCAUCAAGAAAGCCACGCAGUCGCGCACCUUCCUCUUCCAGUCCUUCCGGGAGAACCGCCUCGCCCUCCCCAUCAAGGUCCGGGACAGCAGCCGAGAAGCCAGUGGCUCCCUGUCCUUCCUGCGCAAGGCCAUGAAGUAUGAGGACUUGCAGCAUGUGCUCUGUCACCUCAACAUCAGCAUUCCACCCUGCACUAAGGGAAGUGGCACUGAGGAGCGAAGGAGGACACUGACACCUUUGUCUCUGAGGGAGCGAUAUAGCAUCCUAAGUGAGAGCAGUUUCGGCUCUCUGAGCAGCACUGACAGGGCAGACCAGAAGAUGAUCGACAUCGCAGAGCAGCUCGGCCUCAGCUGGGCAGAGUUGGCACGUGAGCUGCAGUUUGGGGUGGAUGACAUCAACAGGAUUCGUGUGGAGAACCCUAACUCCUUGCUGGAGCAGAGCAUAGCCUUACUCAACCUCUGGGUCAGCCGCGAGGGCAAGGGUGUCAAGAUUGAGAAUCUGUACACGGCGCUGAGGAACAUUGACCGCAGCGAGAUCGUCAGCACACUGGAGGGCUCUGGCCGGCAGAGCCGCAGCAUGAAGGGCAGCUGGCGCUACACAGACAGGGACUAUUCACUCUCACCCUCCCAGAUGAAUGGUUAUGCUUCGCUGCAGGACGAGCUGCUCUCCCCUGCCUCCCUGCAUUAUAUGCUGCCAUCCCCUCUGCGUGCUGACCAGUACUGGAACGAGGUGGCCAUCAUGGACGCCAUCCCUAUGGCCGCCACCGAGCAGGACGCCCUGAUGGAGAUGUCUGACAUGCAGGUGUGGUCCUCAGGGCUCACCCCUUCACUGGUGACGGCUGAGGACUCCUCUCUGGAGUGCAGCAAGGCUGAGGACUCGGAUGCCACAAGCGAAGGUCGUUUCCCAGGGCAACUUCUGACAGACGCACACGGCCCAGACCACAUGGGCUCUAUGGACUUAGUUGAGGAUGACACAGUGGACUCAGAUGCCAUGAAUGGGCUGAUUGAACUGCUAGAGCAGGAGGAAGGGCAGAGGCCAGAAGGGAAGACGCCAGCCAGGGACCGCCAGCUGGGGACUGGAGAGCAAAACCCAGAGGGUGAAGUCUCUUUUGUUUCAGUUCAACAGAAGGUACAAGCCAGGAUCGUGGCAUCGCCGACUGUGAGCCACACAGUGGAGAGGAGUGCAGACAGGCUGAGGGACUGGAAUGCAGAAGGCUCCUUUAUCUCCUGCCUACAGGACCUGACAGAAGGCUCCUGGCAGGAGGGGGUCACCCGACGGCUGGGCCCAGCACACACCGUGGCUGCUGGGGCGCAGGGCCAGGAGCAAGAGCAGGUCCUGGCGCCGGACGUGGAGCUGAUGCGGGUCAGCUCCACAGAGGACAGCGACUGGCAGCCCCAGCACCCCGCGGGCGGCUGGCCAGAGGAGCCCGACAGCCGCGGCUUUGGGCAGGGCAACGAAGUCCUCCAUUUACCUGGGGAGCAUGUAACUGAGGAGCAGUUCACAGAUGAACAAGGCAAUAUAAUCACCAAGAAGGUCAUCCGGAAGGUGGUGCGUCAUCUGGGCCCCAGUGACACAGAUGACAGGCAGGAGCGUGAGGACCUGAUCCUGGAGGGCUCCCUGCAGGAGCCCCAAGACCUGGAGGCAGAGGCUGAUCACUUCAUGUACUCCAUCCUACAGAGGGACGGUCUGGGGGCCAAGGAGGAGGUGCAAGUGCGUGUCCCAAAACUGGAGGUCUCCGGGAGCAGGAUGGGGGCUCAGAUAGUGAAACGAGCCAGUCUGAAAAGGGGGAAGCAUUGACCCCCCUCAAAUGGCCUCUUUGGAGGAUCUCACCUCAACACCAAACCACUGAUCUCCACACCAACCUGAGAAGACAGGAGAGGAAGACAGAGAUUGGAGGGAAGCAGGGCUGGCUGUACAUGUUUCAAUAGGCUAAUGGCAUGAUUUCUGUACGAGAUACUUACCGUCCUAUCCGCAUGACUGACUGACUGCAAGACGCAUGAGCUACAGUACUUCCAGCAAACAGAGGGACCCUGUCCCUGCCUUGCUGCCAUCGGGAGCCUAAAGACAGCAGCACGCACAAGGGGCAUCCUUCAGCUCCUCUGGGAGGCCAGAGCUGGACUGGCAGCAAAUGAGAGGGGAGAAGAAUCCACCCUCGCACGUCCGCCUGCGUCACUACAUCCCUGUGCAGUGCUCCAGUGGCAGGAAGGAGGCUGGGGCUGCUCACUGAAGGAGAAGAGGGGCUCUAUCCCCGUCACCAUUCUUGCCUCUGCUGGACUCGCUUCUCAUCCCUCUCAGUGAGUGCUGGGGCAGGGGGAGGGCAGCAAUAGGGGGAUGUGAGAGAGGAGGGCUGUGGGUGCAGUGUUGCCUGAUGCAGGGCUGCCCUUCCUCUCCCCAGCAUGUGCAGCAUCUCCUGCCAGGGCAGGGCUCUGGGCCGAGCACUGAGCUCGUUGCUUAUGUUGAAAGUGUAAACUGUACAGCAAUCAGCCUUGUGUAUAUGAACCAAUAAAUACUAUGCAAACACCUAGGGACACUCUAGCAGUAUGUACAAAGCACUAACAGCUCCACUCCCAAAUACCUCUUCAGGCUGCAGGAUGGGCGAAGCCUUUGGAGUAUGUGAGCAGCUCUGGUGAAUAGAGCUGGGAGCCUACAGGUGUGACAGGGUGGCAGAUUGUCUUGUCCUGCCCUUCCAUCUGAGUCUGGUCCCUUCUUGGCCUGAAGAGAGAGGCCCACGGGGGCAGCCCCAUGGGCUGGUCCAUGGUGCAAGCCCCAGUUUGUGCUGGCUUCAGCUGGGGUGAGGCUGGCAGCCUGCACUGAGGUGCUUGGGGCCCAGGGAGGAUAGGUAGUGAGAGCAGGGAAGGCUUGUGCCACGCACUGGAUUGUGCCUAGCUCUACUCAGCACAAUAUCUGCUCAGGAGAUGGGCCAGGAGCUGGCAGGAGCCAGAAGCCCUGCACUACUUUGCAGGGCCUCCUGGCCUCCCUGUGAGGGCACAAAUGAGCACAGACCCUUGACCCCGUGGAUGUUGGCCCACCCAGGACCAAUCCCAGAAAUGGGGGGAGCUGCUUCCUCGAGUGGCUGCACUUUGGCCAAGUGAAUGCCUUCUGCAGCCACCGAGCUAAGCAGUCACCCUGAAAGCACGGGCAGUGCGGGGGCAGCUGUUCUGGCAGGAGAAUCGUGGUGCUCAGGGCUGCCCAGGCAGCACUGAGAUGUGCAGAAGGUUGAAUCUGCUACAAAACUUGACCCUGAAAGGACAGAAUGCAGACAGCAGUAGAUCUGUGUCCCCAGCUCUCUCCUUUACCUAAGCAAUGAGGGGGCCUGGCCUUUGUAGCAUGGUGGUGUGGAGACCCCCUUGCCCUUUCCCCAGAGGUGGCUGUGGACUUGUUUAGCAGGGCCUGAUGCUGCUCUCGGUGGCCACAUGCAGAACAAGCCCACCUCCAGCUUCAGGCAGGGCAGCCCUGUCUCACAGUGGGUGCACACAUGCCAGGAAAGUCUCUGGCUCUGCUGCAGUCUGGAUAAAAAACCCAGAUGCAGCAAAGCAAAUGGCCCAGCUUAGCCAUGGAAAGCAAGGCAACCCCUUCCUCACCCCACCUCAAAGUAGGCACAGACUCCAUCCAUUACCCUUGCUGUGUACAAUAACCUACCUAGACCCACUGCAACAGCUGACCCUGUAGCAUCACCGUAGAGUUGUGUGUGGGUCCUGUGCUUUGGCCUAGUCUACGCCUUAGGGAAUGUGCUGUGCUGCAACUGUGCCCGGCACCUGCAGUGACAUUGCUUUGCGCUCAGAUUGCUCGUAGGGCUGGUAGGGGGAGGCUGCACCCAACAUUGAGCCUAGAGAAUGCUGCAGUCUGCACACUAGAAGCUUUUUAGAAGUUUUAAAAAUUACUUUUAUUUCCUUUUUUUAAUUGUUAUGGAAACAAGCCUUUUGGAUCUCCCUGUCUUAGCCCCUGAUGUAUAGAUCAUAUCCCAGUACACCAGCUAUCGGACUAUGAAUUAAUAAAGAAACUAACAC